GUGUCAAAAUGAACGAAUUGUCGUUUGAAGUAAACAGUAUGGAUAUUUGCCAAUUGACUUCUUUAUAAAAUAUGUUUGAAAUCGUUUAAUCAAGAGUUAAUUUUAGUGGUUAAUAAAAACCCUUUAAAAUGUGGCCCAUGCUCCUCAAUAUGACACGCGACGAAUGUCGCCUCACGCUUCGCAGACUCGAAUUGGAAGCCUACUCGAAUAUGAUCAGUGUUUUUAGAGCACAAGGAGCAUUGGAAGACAACAGAAAAAAACUAUUGGAAGAACUGCGCGCCGUUUUGCAUAUAAGCAACGAUCGGCACAGUGCCGAGGCGCGCCGCGUGUCUAAUGACGAGUUAUUAGCCACAAUUGCUGAUCAGUUAGCAGGCCCAAACACAGGCUUAGCAUGGAUCAGUGAAGGACGAAGACGGGUGCCUUUGAUGCCCCGAGGAAUUGCCCAAACCAUCUACACAGAAAUAGCUGACAAAGCUGCUGAAGCUGCAGCAGCAGAAAAUAAAGAAAUCCAGAAAAGACUGGAAGCCGAGAAACUUGUUGCUCCUAAGUCCAAUGAGGAAGAAAUUCCUGAUGCUGAGGGCCAAACCGCUGAGAGUGCCCUCGCAUCUAAUGAAGCUAUGGAUGUGACUGUAUACCCUCCCGUGGCCAUGGAAGACCAGACAACUAAAAUUUGGGAAACUGAAUUAGCAAGCCGAAAGCGGAAAGUUCCAGAAGGUGGUGCAAUACCAGAGGAUGCCACUCCUGUUAAAAAUAUGAGGAACAUCCCUAUGAACACCAACCAGAAACACUUGAAUUUAUCACAGGUCUAUUCGAAAUUCUCACAACCGGCCACAAGUAAACCAUCAGGACAGUCGAAGCACUCAUAUAAUCAAGUAAGCAAAGUAUCCACCAGUAAACCCAGUCAAGGCCAUGGCCCGCGCACAACGCCGCACAAGAGCAGGUCUCACAAAAACAAGGGUGCGCAAGUUGUUGUGCCUAAAUCUCAAAUGAAAAAACAAGAACAGGCAGUUUUUCCUAGCAAACAGUACAAUCCAACCUUACAAAUGGAAUAUGCAGGUCCGCCUAACACCUUCCAGGCUAGUUACGCUCAAUCUAUAUUAGGUAAUAAAACUAAACAAGACUACAUGGAUGAAAUAAAGCCUAAAGUAUUGUCUUCCCCCGGUAUGGUGACGGACUCGCCGACCAUGCAGCUACUGACGCAGCCGGCGACAGUGCCGCACGAGCUCGAGGUCUCUGAGAACGCGCACCCCGACGACCCCACGUCGUUACAAGCGCAGAGUACGCCUGUCACUAAACACACCAUAUCCGGAAAACCUUGCCAACUUAUCAUAAAGAAUCGCGGUGAAAUUAGCACAGACAAAAAAGUACAAAUGUCUGACAUAAAGUUAUUACAAAAGCCCGCUGAGGGCAUAAAACUUUUGUCUAACAGACAAGUUGUUGUCGCGCCUAGCUCAGCUCAAAAAGCAUUAAACACUCCAGCCAAGCUCGUUACUACCAAAGUAAUCGGAUCAAUACCGAAGACACGAAAUCCCAAUACUCCACUUAUGACUGAGAAAAUGAUCGUGGUCUCGAAACCAAUGUCAGAAAAUAGAAACAUGCCCAACUCUAAAGUAAUAAUUACUUCAGCCGUGAGUACGCCGCACAAAGACGGCCACCCGACAAGUACAAACAGCAUAUCAAAUAAAUUAACAGAAACGCUUACACCUAAGGGCAUUCCUGCCACUGAUCUGAAGGUGUCUGCUAAAGCAGUAGUUUUGAACCCUAAAUCAGGACAAAAAAUGGUCGUCUUGCCUGCAAAAGCUAGGACGAAAUCUGGAAACGAGGGCCAGUUACCGCUCCUACAUUUCAAAGGCUUAUCAACUGCUAUGAAGUUAGUGCCAGUAAGCUCCCAAUCCAUUACACACAUUACAAAGACGCCCACUAUGACUGUUAUGUCUAAGCCUACUACAGUCAGCUCAAUCCCCUCCAGUGCCAAGCUCCUUGGAGUAGAGACAAUAAAAACAGCAAACCUUGCGGAUAUUGUGCCUGUAAAGGGGCUAGCACCUGUAACAACACCUAAAAUAUCCAAUCCUAUCGUUCGACCAUCUAGUGCAAAAGGUAGUGUAAUUGUAGUACAAAAGGGAACACCAAUAGGGAAAGCUUUAACUUUUGCUAAAAAUGGGAAUGACAUGUCUAAAGUAAUAAUGGGUAAAAACGUCAAUCAAUUAUUGCAAGCGUCGAAGUCUGAACAAGCGGAAGCCGCCAAGUGUGCCGGCAAUGUUAUCGUUUUAGAGUUGAACAACGAACAGACAGGUCGCACUACCACCAUGUCAGAAAUAUUAGACAGCCGAAGUAACGCGCCGCGCACUUCAGACGAGAACGUCUCAAAGAAGUUGUCUCAAAUCACCCCCGACACACCGGUACUAUUUGACAACCGGAUGACUGAGGAGACUUGUAAUGCUAGCAGCUUAGACUCGACUACCGAGAGCAUAACCGAAAUGGUACCAAUAGAAGAUAGUGGUUUGUCAUUAAUUGAAAAGGAUGAUGGCAAAUCUAAUUUUGCCAAGGAAUCUGAACCAGUGAAAGAUUCGUCGAGUGUCACUGAUUGGGAAAUGGAACUAGAUACAGUAUCGAGAAAAGGGAAAAAUGAAGACAAAUUAAAUUCAUUACACUUAGACCUAGGCAUGUCAAGUGACAGUGAGAAUGAAUACAUGUCGACCAGUCACGAAACAAAAGCCAAAUCGCAGGAGAGCUUGCAGCGGGCAACGCCAAGUGGUGAGGGCAGCGAAAUGUACAGCAGUUCGAGCGCAAUGACCCUCGCGACGCGAACGUUACUCAGCCAGCUACAAGACGACGGUUCGUCAAGUAACGAUUCCUCAUUCGCCCUGAAAACAAAAAUCGAGAAGCUAAAAGAGAGCGAUUCCAAACUGGACAAGUCAGAAUCAGAAGCGCUUACAAAAGCGAAAGAGAAACUUUCUGAAAAAGUGGCCGAAGCAAAAUCACAGCAGAAGAGAAUAGACAUUUACAGCACCGCGAUCACCACUUCCGAUAUAAAUUUAGAUUCGUUCUCGUAUCUCGAUGAGGGCGACAUGAUGGCGGGGGACGAUGUCUUCGCCACGGUGGAGGCGAAGGCGCGCGAGCCGAGGAGAGCCGACGUGCUCGACGACCAACUGAGCCGACUAUUAGGUGAAGACUCUGCUAACUCGACUGACUCACAAACUGUAAGUGAAAGUAUGCCUUUAAAUAAAUAAACAAAUGAGCAAUAACGUAGGUUAAAUAAAAAUAAUGGAACCUGUGGAAAGUAUCUUUAUUAAAAUGUAAUGAACUAGACUAAGCGCGGACAUAUAAUGUGAAGUGUAAAGUGGUGACAGUGACGGUCUCGUGGGAGGCGUGAUCAUAGUGCCCUUUUGUUUGUUCUGUUAAAUAUACAGUUUUAAAAGGUGUUUGUAUACUAUCUGGAUAUUACACAUUUCCCUUCAUAAUAAAGAGGCUAACAGAUGCAAAAUACAAAUUAGUUAUUUGGAGAUAUUCUAAUAAUAUCUAGAUUCUAGAUAUACAAGUAUUUAACUUGGGUGUGUCUAACUGAUAUUGGUAUUUAAAAAUAAAACCGUUUUCAUUUGACAUCAUGCAAUACGAUCCUGUUUAAAAAAGUCACAAAACUACUUGGUUUGGGAAAUAAAACAGAAGACGUCACGAAUAUCUCAUUUAUUGAUCUAAAGUUAUACAAGUUUGCAUUUGCUUAGUUUAAACUCAUAAUCAACAUACAGUAACUAGAAAUAUAUCUACCUACUGUU